AUGACGCGACGAAAAAGUGAUUUUAAGAGAACUUUAGUUUUAGUUGUAUUUGUGUGUCCGUUUGUGUUUUCGCGACCUCAAGAAUCGUUAACCACUUCGAUUAGUUAUGCUGAGACGACAGAGUCACCGUUAAGGUAUAGAUUUAGGGUUGAUAGUUCUAGAGCAUUAGAUAAGGUACAUAAAUCAGGGCUUACCCAAACCAAUAGAACAAAUAGAUUAUUACGCAAAUCAUUUAAAACAAAACAAAAUCGGGUAAAAUCUAAUUCUGAUAGAAAACCCGCCACUCCAAAAACAAUAAAACCAGUAAUUAAAAAAGUUAUAACAAAAUGGACUGAUAAUGUAAAAGAUGAUAAUUUAGAGUUUUCUCGAGAAGACGAAGAUAAUAAGUCGGAUAGCAUAAUCCACAAUUAUUAUACAAGUACAGAAAUUAAUGACGAUAUAAAUGCACACAUAUCAGAUAAACGAUACUCACAAAAUAACUAUCCUCAAUCGCAAUACUCUGAAGAGACCCAUAUUUAUUCUAGUAACUUUCAAGUUAUUGAUAAGCAUCCAUACGCUUCCCCAACUAGACCAUCAUUUGUAUAUAGUAAACCCACACCUACUCCUAUUAUAACUAAUGUCGGCUAUCCACCACCUUGGCAUGAUCGCUUUCACAGUACAAAAAAACCAAGCACUGUAAAACCUAUAAAGUAUACUAAACCCCCUUACAACAAUUACCCAAAUUAUCCUAAUAACUUUGAAGUCACAACGUUUCCUCCAACCACAGGUUACACGGAUAGAAUAGUUAUAAGACCUGAAGAAUAUGCUGCAACUUCUGAUGACUGUCCAACAAUAUUUCUUACACUUAACAACACUUUCCAGGGCCAGGGCAAAGAAGCUUGUCCUGAUUUGAAUAUCGCUGUUAAUACAAAUGUUGUGAACAAGAACGUUGUUGUAGAAUCAGAAGAAGAUACGGAUAGCACGUUAACUGAUAUAUUUGGAUUACCAGAUGGUAACUCUGAAAGUGAAGAGUCUUCAAAUAAUUAUUCUGACGAAAACGAAGAAGAUGAAAGUGCGGCCAUUGAGAGUCUAGAGUUAUCGAAUUAUAAUGCAGCUAAUGAUGCUAUACAAGCAGAAUCUGCUGAAUCUGCAAACUUUGCACAACCGAGUUCUCCUAUAUCUGCGUUGUCUCGUCCAACAAAAGACGAUGAAGACGAUGGAUUUGGUUUGUCAUCUAUAAUAAGUUUCUUUCGCCCUGCAAUAAGUGCAUUCAGUUGGCUGGCUUCAAUCAAUCCUCUUAGUUUUCCUGCUCUUUCCUUUAUACUGACCCCUAUAAUUCUUCUAGUUGCUAGUACUUCUGGAAUUGCUGCAUUAUUCGGUCCAUGGGUGUUAACUUAUGCGAGACAAGCUCCAGAUAUAGGCUUCUAUGGCCCUCAAAGGCGAUGGAUUGAUAAUUAUGACACGGUAACUCCGGUUGUAGAAGAAACACAAAAUGCAUAUUCCCCCUCGAUUGGAGUUCCAGUUGCUCCAUUAGAAAGUACACCAAGAGAAGUGAAAAAUAAGUCUCCAGCUAUAAAGGAUUCUAUUAAAAAAGUUGCGGAUCAAUUACUAGAAACAGCUGUUAAUAAUUCAUUAGAUACUCCACUCGUACCUGAUACGAGAAUACCUCCUAAGAUAAAAACACAAGUCGUACAAAAAAAUAAAAUUCGUACAAGAAAUGAAGACGGAGAUGAGAUUAAUGACUACUCACAUGCUGGAGUUGCCGUCCCUGUGUCAAUGGAAGAAUUGGAAUUAGAAAAUAGAGUUAGCCCUUCUCAUACUGAAUCAUCCACAUCCAAUGAAGGAAUAUCCACUUGGAUUUUGUUAAAUAACCCAGUUAAUAAAGAAAAUUCUACAUUAGCUACUGAACCUACUAAAAUUGAAGAAAACAAGAAAUCUAAGCCUACGAAAAAUAAACCUAAAAGACCUCAAAAUAAACCAUCUAUGCCUAAAAGACCGAUUAUAGGUAGCACAAAUAAAUCGGACUUGGUUGCCAGCGGUUCUGCAAUAAAUGAAAAUGUCUAUAAUAAAAUUAAAGACACAGUCUUAACGAAUGUUCAGAAAAACAAGAAUUCGCCACCGCGUGCAGCCUCUACAACUACUACAACUACAACCUCAACUACUGAAGCACAAGUUAAAGAAAUCGCCAACAAAGAACAGGGUCCCAUUAUUCCUGUAAUAAAGGUUCCUUCGAAAUCAAAUAAAAAGAAGGAUAAACUUAAGCAUAAAACUAGUAUUACAUUAGCUCCCGCCUCAACUCAGUCAGCUUUGCUACCGCUGGAAGCAAAAGAACAAGAAAUCGAGUUAGAAGUAAGUACACCACCUAGUACUACAAAGAAGCCCAAGCGAUCGUCUACUAAGAAAAAGACCAAGACAAAGAAACGUAAAGUUUCAAAACCAAAACCAGCUCAAACAUCUUCGCCGACUGAAUUAAAAACGGCAAAUAAAACAAAAACAACAAAAACAUCUAAAAAACCUACAAAGGCCACUGGGCCAUUCACAAGUCAAAUUUACAACUACUUUUCUAGAGAAGUCAUGCCUUCUGUAGGAGUAGGCGUAAUUGGUUUAGCUGGCUUAGUAGGUAUUGCGAGUUAUUUCUUAUAUCCCUUUGCCACUCCAGUUAGGAGAACUUUCGAAGUUGACAAAAAAGACGACAUUUAUAAAAAUAAUGCCGAAGAAUAUGCAAACGAAGGCAAUGGUCAACCAGAAGAAGAAAUGUUGGGUACAGUGCUUGCAGGUAUGCCUGCACAUGCUAAACAGAAAUUAAAUCCUUACGCGGCACAGACUAAUUAUAACGCCCGUUACCCGGCGAAAAAGGAACAACAAGAUAUCAGGUAUAGGCAUGUGACCAAGUACGAUCCUAAUUAUGGCGUGCAUUACCCACAGCAAAAAACUGGUAUUGCUCAUGGUGCUGUUUAUUCUGAGCCUUUAAAUUACCAUCGCCGCCCUCAGUAUGAAACAAGGCAUGCAUAUACUACAUCUUAUCCAGCUGUUGAACCUAUCUUUGCCGCCCCUCAAACUGGACCGUCAGAUGCAACUUCUUAUGGAAGUGAGUCAUCGGGUUCGGUUGUUUAUGGAGUGAAACCAUCAGCAGACACAGAUUUUAAACCUGUGUAUCCAUAUGAUCCUCAGUUUUACGGAGAAACAACAACAAGUCCUGUUACAUACCCUCAGACAUCUAUGUACCUUGGUUCUAAUAAUGAAUCAGAACAAUCGGAAGACAAUAAAUAUAAUGAAGAUUCAAACAGUGAUACUGAAAGUGGAGAAAACAAAUUCGUUGUUGGAAAUGUACCAAAAGAAUUAAGCGACUCUGAUACCCCUGCAGUUGUUCCAGAACAUGGACCCAGAAAACUUAAUAGAAAACGUAGAAGCUUACGUCUGAAAAGAGGUGUCGCUAUAGAAGAAAUUUUAGAAGCUGCAAAUAAAAAGGAAAAGGAGGUUUUUUUAAGCAAUGAAAUAGAUGAGGCUCUUAGAUAUGUGCCUCAUAUACCUCAAUCAAUUGAAUUACUGCCUAUUAAAACUGAAGAAAAUUACAUAAAUAUAAUUCCCAUAGAAGCAGUAAACCCAAGUAAUGCAUUAAAAGGAGAAAAUGCCAAAAUGGGGGAAAUAGUAGAAAGUGUUUCCACUAUUCCUAUUGAGGACUCAAACGACAAAACAACAGAUAUGUCAAAUGAAAUUGUACCAUCUUCAAGUUCUCAAUCUGAGACGGACAAUAACAGUGAUAUUACAAAUACAGAGAAAAAUUUACAAGCAGAUACAACAACGGAUAUAAAACUUGAAAGUACUUCAACAAUGUCUACUGUUCCUAAAACAACUAAACAGCCAACAGACUUUCCAGAAAUCUUAACAUAUCCACCACCAUCGUCUAGUAACGGAUUUUUUGGCUUCUUGCAACGAUUGGUUGAGUUUAAGUACAGAUUAGGUCUAAGUAUAUUACAAAAUACUUCAAAGUCUCUGAAUAACUACUUGAGAAGUAUGGAGGAAUCAAUACAGAGGGCGGCAUCUGAUGCAUCUCAUUAG